CUGAUCAAACCCUCAUUCUCCUGCAUUGGCAGGUAGAUUCCUUACCACUGAGCUACCUGGGAAGCUGCAUUCCCCACCCCCCCAACAUCAGACUAAGUUUAAUUUGCUUCUCACAUUGUUUGAGCACCUGGUGUGUGCCCAUUCUGUGUUGGAUGCUGAGGGGGGGUGGGUAACAGAAUGAAUUAGACAUAUGAUUUCUGCCCCAAAGGUGUUUGCAGGCGAAUGGGGACUAGGGAGAGGGUGCAGAGUUAAGUGUAGUGGACAGUGCUGUGAAGCUGGGUCGCAUGGCUCGGGGAGUGCAACCAGAGCCACAACUGGUUCCAGCCGGAGAGAGCUUGCAGCGUCCCUUCUGACCUGGACCAUGAAGGACAGAUGAGUACAGCAUUCCAGGCAGAGGACACCCUUUGAGCAAAGGCCCAGGGUGGGAUGGACUUCAGUGAGGCAGGCAGCACACCCAUAGUGAUGGUAUUGGCUUUAUUUCAUGGCUGUUCCAUUUGAUUAGAUGAAGCCAUCAAUCUCCCGCUCUGCCUUUCUCCGUCUUUUUGUUUUAUGUUGUGUUGGGGGUAUGUGUGUGGAAGGGAUUCAUUUCCAGCUGGGUCUAGCUGCAGUGAAAAUGUCCUGCUUGACAAAUUGGAAAUUAGAUUACAACCAUCUCUCAUUGCAAGCCGGGGCAGUAGCUGAGGCAUCAGACACCCCUCGCUGUGGGGGCAGGACAGGAGGGAAGUGUUGAUUUAGGGCUGCUGGGUGUGUUGACUUAAAAAUUGUUUGAGAAACUAGGGCUGUGUGGUCCCAGUUGAUUAAUAAAUAUGGCUGCUCGCCCUGCCCUGGGGGUUUUCUCCCGGGAAAACUCGGGAUGGCGCUAUCAGAGGCUGCCCCGGCAGAGGUACGCAUAUCGUAGGUGGGUGGACGUUUUUUUAUUGAAUGAAUUGGUGCAUUUAUAUGCUUGACUAUGUAGUUCCUGUUUCAGAGUUCUUCUUAAAAUGUAAAAGAUGCUCAAUUUUAAAAUUUUGGAAACACCUGGAGUUUUUGGUCCCCAUUUAAUGAGGCAGGAAUGUGUUUGCACAGGAGGCCCAAACUGAGGCCCCCAGUGUCACUGGGCUCUGCACCAGUUUCGCAGCCACCCACCCCCGCUACUUUCUACGUCUGUAAGGUGGUGCCUUUGGACCAGCUGGCCUCCUGGGGCGCCUGACACAGGAGCCCCUCAGAAGAGGGAGGAAGGAACCCCAGGUCCUGGAUCCUAGCUCUGCACUAGACAGUGUAGCGGCCGUGCAAGGAGGAAGUGAGUGCUGGGGAGCUCGGUGGUGUCCGCCACGGGGAGACUCCCGGCCACGUCUGCACCGCAGCUGGGGGCCACGUCUUGAGAAGAAUGAUGGAAGCCAAGUAGGGACGGAGCUGGAAGUCUUUCCAGAAGUGACUCGGGGAACUAUUGUGGUGUGACCCAGAGAAGGGGCAGCGUGGGUGGGAGUGGGGGCAGUGCCAGCCCAGAGAGCUCUCCUGCCCUCGAUCCUGAGCUUGGGGUGAGGAAAGACGUACCACCCUGAAUUGAAACCGGGGGCCUCAGAGAGCCUCGGGGUCCUCAAGGGGACGGUUUAAGCAGACGCCGUUUUCCAACUAGGAGAAAUCUGGUCAGGGAACCUAGUGCCCUGAAUUCCCAGCUAGUGUAGGAGGCCUCCCCUCUUCCAACUGUUUAUGGUCUAUACUGAGCCUUAACUGAUUACUAGUGUUUUUACAGCUUUUUGUAUUAACACUGCACAUCUCCCUCUUGAAAAUAAUUUGCUGUGAUAUUGUCUGGUCAAGGUGCUAUUUGUGCCCAUGGCCUAUUAUAGACAGUAGGUGCAUAGAACUUCUUACUUAUUUGGGAGGGCUGGGUGUCACACCAUGUGGCAUGCAGGACCUUAAUUUCUUGACCAGGGAUUGAACCCACACCUCCUGCAUUGGGAGUGAGGAGUCUUAACCCCUGAACUGCCAGGGAAGUCCAGGAACCCCUUGCUUUUUUGUUGUCAAAAUUACAUCUAUUUCUUGUCUUUCCUUAGUCUGAAAAUUAAUGUGGAAUUUUUGUAACAGAAAUAAGAUCAAGGUUAAGUCACCUGUGCUUUCACUACUCUGAAGACUGUUGGCCACUGUAUAGUUUGGCACAGAGGUCGAGAGCAUCCAGGCUUUUGUCUGAUGUUCCUGGCGUUGGAUCUCCUCUGUACCACCACCUACCAACUGCAUGGACUUGGUCAAAGUCUUUUGUGUCCAUACAUCAUGACCAUUUCCUCAUCCACCACAGAACCAAUCUCACCCGGCUGUUGUGAAGAUAGGUGAGACAUGCACGGAAAAUAACUUAUCAGUGGUGGGUGCAUGGUUUGCACACUCAUUAAAUGUUAGGCAGUUUCAGUAGUGAUGGCAGAAGUAGAGUUAGUAGACGGCAAUAAGCCUGUGAAUGUGUGUGUGUGUUGUUUUUUAAAGUUUUUGCAAAAGCGGGAUCUUAUUAAAUAAUCUGCUUUAAAACCUACCUUUUCCCCUUAAUAUUAUAUUGAGCAUUUCUCUACGUUGUUAGUCUCCCAAACCAUAAUUUUUUUUAUGACAGCUUCAUUGAGAUGAAAUUCACAUACCAUAGUGCUUCCAUUGAAAAUAAACAGUUCAAUAUCUUUUUUAGCAUUUUCAGAGUUGUACAAUCAAUUUUAGAACAUCUGUAUCACUGCCCCACCCCACCCCACCCCUUGUGCCCAGAGUAGGAAAUGGCAACCCACUCCAUUGCUCUUGCCUGCAAAUUCCAUGGACAGAGGAGCCUGGCAGGCUAGAGCCCAUGGGGUCACAAAGAGUCAGACACGACUGAACAUAUGACACCAUUCCCCACAAAAGCCCUGAACCCCAUUAACAGUCACUCCCCAUUUUCCUCCAAAGCCCGCUAGUCCCUCAACUAAUCUGUUUUCUCUCUUCAUGGAUUUGCUUAUUCUGGACAUUUCCCAGCUAUUUAAAGGCCGCACAGUUUUCUAUUAUGUGGAUGUCCCUUGAUUGAGCAACCAUCCCUCUGCUGGUGGGCAUUUAAAUUACUUUCAUUAUUGUAGGUAACUUCCACGGUGGGCCUCUUUACCAUCUCAGUAGAGUCACCUGGGAGUCAUGUAAUUAAGGUGAUGUCUUCAGCUGUGAGGGCCACACCCCUGUGCUGGGAGAUGCCCCUGGAGCCACUGAGGAAGACCCCAGCCCGAGCCAUGAGGUCCCUGGCGUUGUUCAGGGGGCAGCAGCCUGCCAGGGGCAGGGAGGAUGAUCGACUUUCUGAGCAAAGCUGUUAGAAGACAGACCAAGCACAGGGCCAUAGUCAUCACCAACUCUUUCAAUAGUGCUACGGUUUCAAGUCCAAGGACAAAUCCUGGUGGAACCAGAGCACAGGGAGAAUUACUCAUUACAUCUGAGCAGAGAUAGCUACUCAGAGCUGCCUGCCAGGCACCCGUCCACGUCUUCCCAGCGAAUGGUGCUUCCCGUUGGUGGUGCAGAGACCGAUGGGGUCGGGGAGAAUCAGCCACGGUGCCUCUGAUGGGCCUGCAUCUAAAAGGCUCAAGUUCAGGUGCCUCGGGAAGGGAAGAGAUCUUAAAGAAACAGACUACUCUUCUUCUCUGAAUCUCUCCCUCGGGAUCGUGUUCCAAGUCCCAGGGCUGGAUAACGUGCUGUAGGGAGGUGCAUUCAGCUCACGCUCUGCUUUGAGAUAUAGGGAUUACCAUGGGAGAAUCGGCUUCUGCAUGUUUGCCGUCUGGCUGUUGUGAGCGCGUUCAGGCUCUAGACCAAGAUAGAACAGCCUUACAGAAAGUUAAGAAGUCUGUAAAAGCAAUAUAUAAUUCCGGUCAAGACCAUGUACAAAAUGAAGAAAACUAUGCACAAGUUCUUGAUAAGUUUGGGAGUAAUUUUUUAAGUCGAGACAACCCAGAUCUUGGCACCGCUUUUGUCAAGUUUUCUACGCUUACAAAGGAACUGUCCACACUGCUGAAAAAUCUGCUCCAGGGCCUGAGCCACAAUGUGAUCUUCACCUUGGAUUCCUUGUUGAAAGGAGACCUGAAGGGAGUCAAAGGCGAUCUCAAGAAGCCAUUUGACAAAGCUUGGAAAGAUUAUGAGACGAAGUUUACCAAAAUUGAGAAGGAGAAGAGGGAGCACGCCAAGCAGCACGGGAUGAUCCGCACGGAGAUCACCGGCGCCGAGAUCGCGGAGGAAAUGGAGAAGGAGCGGCGCCUCUUCCAGCUCCAGAUGUGCGAGUAUCUCAUUAAAGUUAAUGAAAUCAAGACCAAAAAGGGUGUGGAUCUGCUGCAGAACCUGAUAAAGUAUUAUCACGCACAGUGCAAUUUCUUUCAAGAUGGUUUGAAAACAGCUGAUAAAUUGAAACAGUACAUUGAAAAGCUGGCUGCUGAUUUGUAUAAUAUCAAACAGACCCAGGAUGAAGAAAAGAAACAGCUGACCGCACUCCGAGACCUAAUAAAGUCUUCGCUCCAACUCGAUCAGAAAGAAGAUUCCCAGAGCCGGCAAGGAGGCUACAGCAUGCACCAGUUGCAGGGCAACAAGGAGUACGGCAGCGAGAAGAAGGGCUACCUGCUGAAGAAGAGUGACGGGAUCCGGAAAGUGUGGCAGAGAAGGAAGUGCUCCGUCAAGAACGGGAUCCUGACCAUCUCCCACGCCACGUCCAACAGACAACCAGCCAAGCUGAACCUUCUUACCUGCCAGGUGAAGCCGAAUGCCGAGGACAAGAAGUCUUUUGACCUGAUAUCACAUAACAGGACGUAUCACUUUCAGGCCGAAGAUGAGCAGGAUUAUGUAGCGUGGAUCUCGGUGCUGACGAACAGCAAAGAGGAGGCCCUCACCAUGGCCUUCCGGGGGGAGCAGAGCGCCGGGGAGAGCAGCCUGGAGGAGCUGACGAAGGCCAUCAUCGAGGACGUGCAGCGGCUCCCGGGCAACGACGUCUGCUGCGACUGCGGCUCGGCAGAACCCACCUGGCUGUCCACCAACUUGGGUAUCUUGACCUGUAUAGAAUGUUCCGGCAUCCAUAGAGAAAUGGGGGUUCAUAUUUCUCGCAUCCAGUCUUUGGAACUAGACAAAUUAGGAACUUCUGAACUCUUGCUGGCCAAGAAUGUAGGAAACAAUAGUUUUAAUGAUAUUAUGGAAGCAAAUUUACCCAGUCCCUCACCAAAACCCACCCCUUCAAGUGAUAUGACCGUACGGAAGGAAUAUAUCACUGCAAAGUAUGUAGAUCAUAGAUUUUCACGGAAGACCUGUUCAUCUUCAUCAGCUAAACUGAACGAAUUGCUUGAGGCCAUCAAAUCCAGGGAUUUACUUGCACUAAUUCAAGUCUAUGCAGAGGGGGUGGAGCUAAUGGAACCGCUGCUGGAACCUGGACAGGAGCUUGGGGAGACAGCCCUUCAUCUUGCAGUCCGAACCGCAGACCAGACAUCUCUCCAUUUGGUGGACUUCCUUGUACAAAACUGCGGAAACCUGGAUAAGCAGACGGCCCUGGGGAACACAGCCCUGCACUACUGUAGUCUGUACAGUAAACCAGAGUGUCUGAAGCUGCUGCUCAGGAGCAAGCCCACUGUGGACGUCGUUAAUCAGGCUGGAGAGACCGCCCUGGACAUAGCAAAGAGACUGAAAGCCACUCAGUGUGAAGACCUGCUUUCCCAGGCUAAAUCUGGAAAGUUCAAUCCACAUGUCCACGUGGAAUACGAGUGGAAUCUUAGACAGGAGGAGAUGGAUGAAAGUGAUGAUGACCUGGAUGACAAACCAAGCCCCAUCAAGAAGGAGCGCUCCCCCCGACCCCAGAGCUUCUGCCACUCCUCCAGCAUCUCCCCCCAGGACAAGCUCUCACUGCCGGGCUUCAGCACGCCGAGGGACAAGCAACGACUGUCCUACGGCGCCUUCACCAACCAGAUCUUCGUCUCCACAAGCACAGACUCACCCACGUCACCGAUCGCGGAGGCGCCCCCGCUGCCUCCCAGAAACGCCACGAAAGGUCCACCUGGCCCACCUUCAACACUCCCUCUAAGCACCCAGACCUCUAGUGGCAGCUCCACCCUGUCCAAGAAGCGGCCUCCUCCCCCACCACCCGGACACAAGAGAACCCUGUCUGACCCUCCCAGCCCACUACCUCACGGGCCCCCAAACAAAGGCGCAGUUCCUUGGGGUAACGACGUGGGUCCGUCAUCGUCCAGUAAGACCACGAACAAGUUCGAGGGCCUGUCCCAGCAGUCGAGCACCGGUUCUGCAAAGACUGCCCUUGGCCCAAGAGUUCUUCCUAAACUACCUCAGAAAGUGGCACUAAGGAAAACAGAGACCAGCCAUCAUCUCUCCCUCGACAAAGCCAACAUCCCGCCUGAGAUCUUCCAGAAGUCGUCCCAGUUGACAGAGUUACCGCAGAAGCCGCCACCCGGGGACCUGCCCCCGAAGCCCACGGAACUGGCUCCCAAACCCCCCAUCGGAGACUUACCACCUAAGCCAGGCGAGCUGCCCCCGAAGCCGCAGCUGGGCGACCUGCCCCCCAAGCCCCAGCUCGCAGACUUGCCCCCCAAGCCCCAGGUGAAAGACCUGCCUCCCAAGCCACAACUGGGGGAGCUGCUGGCAAAACCCCAGACGGGAGACGCCUCGCCCAAGGCCCAGCCGCCCCUGGAGCUCACCCCCAAGUCACACCCGGCGGACCUGUCCCCGAACGUCCCCAAGCAGGCGUCCGAGGACACCAACGACCUCACGCCCACCCUGCCAGAGACACCCGUGCCGCUGCCCAGGAAAAUCAACACGGGAAAGAGCAAGGUGAGGCGAGUGAAGACCAUCUACGACUGCCAGGCGGACAACGAUGACGAGCUGACUUUCAUGGAGGGCGAGGUGAUCGUGGUCACCGGGGAGGAGGACCAGGAGUGGUGGAUUGGGCACAUCGAGGGGCAGCCCGAGAGGAAGGGCGUCUUCCCAGUGUCCUUUGUCCACAUCCUGUCCGACUAGCAAAAAAGCAGAGCCUUCAGACUGUCUGCACCCAUCAUGCCAGACCGCUGCCUCCCUGGGACCCCGUGCGCACCGUGUAAAUAGCUGCUGUUGCCGAGUGGAAGCUCCCGGAGGGGCCGCCUCAGGAGGGGAACAGAGCGCGUGUUGUAAAUACCCUGUGGUCUCUGCCUUCGCCAGUAUUAGGGUAGCCUUGGGACCCGGUGCGCCUUACUGGUUUGCCAAAGCCAUCCUUGGCAUCUAGCACUUACAUCUCUCUCUAUGCUGUUUUCCAAGCAAACAAACAAGCAGGAAUAUAGGAACUGCUGGCUUUGCAAAUAGAAAUGGUCUCCAGCAACCGCUGAAGGGCAUGGAAUUGCCUCUCUGUUCCUAACUUGACAGUGUUCUUCAUUGUGUUACUGAAAAAUGCAACAUUAGCAAAGAGGUGGGUACUGUCUUCCAGGUGAAUCUUUCCGCUCUGUGACAGACCAGCCUGUUGUUAUCUGUGUACACAGUUUACAGCUACAAAAACCGGCUUUGGUAUUUAUUACAGAAAAGUGCUCAGUUCAGUGUAAGUGUUAUUCCUUCAGCAAAAUAUCCACUGACCCAGAACGUUGGGUGGCAUUUUACAGUGCCCACAGCCUCACGCAGGUUUAGACACGUGGGUUUAUGCUGUCUUAAGAAGAUGAGUGCCCGCCCCUGAUAUUACCUCAUUAUGCAAAAAUAACAUAUCCUUCAUGACUAUUUUCACAGAAGUUUAAGACACAUAUGAUGAAGUUCAACUUUCAGGAACCAAGGACUGCCAGAAAAUAUUAGCCUCUACAUUAUGCAUGCAUUUAGAAGCUUACCUGAAAUCUGCCUUUUAUAAAGGAAUAGUAUGGAUAAGUUGAACUGUACAUUUUUUUUUAAACUUGAUUGCCAUUAAAGCAGAAAUUAUAAGGUUGCAACAAAUAUUUGUUUCCAGUCAGUCAUUUGGCUUCCUCAAGAGUAUGAAUGCACAUAUCACAUUAUGAAUUAGCAUCCUUCAACUAUGUUAACACCUCUAACAUGUCCGUUUUAAAUUCUUUUCUUAGUUUUCGUUCUGGAUAAAUUUAAACUUUCAAAAGAGUGUUCAAGAAGAUGACUAAUUCAGAAAUCAGUUCUGCCCACCGUUUUCCCCCGCCCAUCCCCACUGUAGAAUUCAGAUGCUGAAACCAGCAUUCUUUUUUUUUUUCUCCAUUUCCUUUAGUAAACUCCAAUCAUAGAUAAGUUUCCCAGCUCUGUUGAACAGACACGUCAUCUUCAAGUCAAUUCAUAACCAAGUUUCUGAACGCUGCUAUGAAUUGCACUGUGAAACAUGCUUUUCUGCCAGGGGUCCCUGCCCCUCCCAGUUUUUUUUCUCAUCCCAGCCGCAUUCAUCAGACCAUCAAGACCAUCCUGAGUUUUUCAGUCUUUUAUAUCAGCCUGAAUCUGGGGAGAGAAUACAGCUCCACUCCCCAGUCAGUGGGACUGCUCUCGGAUUCCGAGGCCCGUGUGUCGUCCUGGCAGUGCGCUUGCUUAAACGGCUACGUUGGCAGCAGCACAGGAAGCUAAUAUUUUUAAGCAGAUCAUCCUGGCAACGAGUGAGAAAUGUUCAUUUCCCAGAAGCACAGCUCCCAACCAAACCCUUAGGGGAGCCCUCUGUAAUCAAGUCGUAGUGCUCAGCGAGCAUUACCUUAGCUCUGCUCACGUGAUCACUGAACCAAUAAACCUUGCAUGACAAACCUGCAGCAGAUCUCACCAGCUAUUAUCGGAAACUGAUUUUAAGCAACUGCUUCCUCGGCAUCGCGGCACACGUGAACUCCACACAGAUAUGAGGAACCAGCCGACGUGCUGGUGUGCGUGGCCCACAGUGUCGGCAGCCUCGGGAGUUUAGCAACCGGGUGUCAGGACAGGAAGUCACCUCCCGAAGUUAUUUACUGUCCCAAUUCAUUCACUUACACUUAAGUUACAUUCAAGCACCGUUCAUUUUUGUGGCCUACAGUAUUUUCAGCUGAUCUCAAAAUAAACUGGCUUUUUAAAAGACACAAAAGCACGAUGUCUAAAAUUACAUGGAGUUAAUUCCUUUUCUUUUUUCCUCUUUUAGAGCAACUUUUACACAGAUGCUUUUUUUUUUUUUUUUAACACUUGUUUGUUUUUUUCCUGGUUUUGUUUUUGUUUUCCAUCAGGAAUCUGAGUUUUCUCUAACCCAGCUUACUGUGGGACAUAGGAAAAAUAGAUAUAAAUAAGUAUCUUUGGCGACCUUGGUUGGAUUUGAAUCUGGUAUUGUUCUUAAACUCAGCGAGCCGCUAUCUGCAAUUUUGUACAUGAUAGAGAGUAUUUUGAAGGUAUGGAACCUUACGGGAAAAAUAGCUAAUUCUUCUUUGCCCCCCCGCAGUGGGGAACGUUAUGUUCUGCAAAUAGUGUGUGUCUUAUUUUACUGUUGAACAGCAAUUGCUAUUUAUUUUUUUAUUGCCUAGAACUUCAACAUGUUGUAUAGGGAUCCCACAGCGCCAAAAGUUAAAUUCCGAAUUCCCAUCUGGAUCUUAUGCUCAGACAUCAGUACACUCGUCAUUUCACAUGUAUUUAAUGUGACCGUUUUCCAGUACUGUAUGUGUUCAUUUCUACUUUUUUUAAUAUUUAAAAUUGCUUUUAAAUAAACAUAUUCUCAGUUGAUCCCAAA